GCCGACAUCGGGGUCGCAACAUGAGGAAGACUAUCAAAGUUACUGUGCAAGAGGCGGAGGAAGGGAAGCCGCUAGAUGAACCUGUGGACUUCGAAACGGCGAUUUCGCUAACAGGCUUCGGGAAGUUUAACUACAUGCUGCUGCUGGUGGCCUUCCCGGCAGCCAUGGUCAGCGUCUUCGACACAACAACGAUGGCUUACAUUCUGCCAGUGGCGCAGUGCGACCUGGGCCUUACCAACCUAGACAAGGGUGGCCUCAAUGCCAUCACCUACGCCGGCAUGAUCACUAGUGCGUUCAUGUGGGGCGGUCUCUCAGACACGCUGGGCCGUCAGCGCCUGCUCAGGAUCAGCCUGAUAGUGGACGGCCUGCUGGCGCUCGCCUCGGCAUUCGCUGUCCAGCUGUGGGCCAUGUUCCUGCUACGGUAUCUAGUCGGCUUCACGGUGUGCGGCCCGUACGCCAUGCUGAUGUCGUUCUUGGCGGAGUUCCACAGCACCAAGUACCGCUCACGCUGCAUCAUGUUCACCGGCAUCGGAGUCGCCACCGCCAACUACCUCAUCCCCUCGUUCGCGCUGGCUCUGCUGACGCAGACGUGGGAAUUGGAGGUGGGCAGCGGCCUGGUGCUCAAGCCGUGGAACGUGUUCAUCAUGGCGUGCUCGCUGCCCGCUCUGCUAGCCGGCAGCCUUAUGUCCUUCUUCCCCGAGACGCCCAAGUUCCUCAUGUCCAAGGGCCGCAACGGCGAGGCGCUCAGCGUCUUCCGCAAGAUCUACGCCCUCAACACCGGCCGCAGCCCGGACUCAUACCCGGUGCAGCGGCUGGUGGACGAGCUGGAACUGCGCAAGGCGUCUGUGGCGAGCACUAUGAGCGUCCACCAGAGCGCCAUCCAGGGCCUGAAGAACGCCUGGCGCCAGAUGCGACCCCUCUUCGUCAUGCCGCAGCUACCCAAGGCCGUGCUCUCCUUCUCCAUACAGAUCCUAUGCUUGUUCAGCAUGAACACGAUUCGACUGUGGCUACCGCAGAUCUUCGCGACCAUGGAGGAGUUCUUGUACUUCCAGCAGCUGACGGACGGUGUGGGCAUGGCGUCGCUGACAGUCAAUGACAGUGAUAACUCUGUGUACCUGUGCGACAUGCUCACCUACCAGUCCGUGCCACAGGUGGACAACUCGUCGAUCGUCAGCAAACUCGUCGAUCUCCUCGACGGCGACAAUGAUAAUGACAUUGUCAAUGCGACCCUUGCCAUUGCUGGAAAUACGCCCUGUCUGCCUACAGUGGCCAACAGCCGACUUUACAUCAACUCUAUUAUCGUGGGUGUGGUGUCUGCGUUGGGCUACAGCUGCGCGGGCCAGUUCGUCAACUGGCUGGGCUACCGAACUCUGAUGAUGAUCUGCUUCUUCUCGAGUGGAGCUUUCGGCAUCGGAGUCCAGUGGUCGACCAACACCGACCUGACGCUGGCCAUGCUGUCGCUGUACCUGGCGCUCGUCGGAAUCUGCUCCACCUGCAUGAUGGGCGUCGUCGUCACCAUAUUCCCCACCUCUCUAAGGACCACGGCUGUCAGCCUGACGAUGAUGUUCGGCCGAAUCGCUGCUCUAUCGGGCAAUGUCAUCUUCCCUGUGCUCCUGGACAUAAGCUGUCAGCUGCCCUUCUUCAUUGUUAGCGGUGUCAAUAUAGCUAACGCUGCUUUCACCCGCUUGCUGCCCGUCACCAAGGGAAAGACGUUAGCGUGAAGCACGUGGAGCCACACACUGGUAAAGCUAAGAGUGAAGCAGUUCCGGGUGUCGGUAACGACGCUGCGGUACCUACGGUCGACUCAGCGGGUCACUGCUGAGAUGUCAACAUUCUUCACUGCAGGCACAUCUUCUCGUCUUCUACUUAAACUGCCGGGUGCGCUAUGUCCCUCGUAAACACCGUGUGUGUGAUAACGCAGCUCAACGGUUCCUCAUCAAAGUGAGGAACGUCUCAGU